AUGCCCGGGCCAGUUGAUGCUGAGCUAGUGAAAAAGGUAUACGGAGAUUAUGGAGAGGUAAAGAGGCUCUUCGACGAAGCAAGGGACCAUGGCAUCAUUCUACUGGACGAGGGCUUGUACACCUUUGAUCUCGCAAAUGGGACGUUACUGACAAUAUAUGCUAGCCCGUUUACACCCUCCGAGGGCGACUGGGGAUUCCAAUAUUCCCCUAAGGAAGGCCACAGCUUUGACAUCAAAGACGGUGUCGAUAUUGUUAUGACCCACGGGCCUCCACACGGGGUGAUGGAUCGGCCCUAUUCCUCCUCAAGAGUUGGAUGCCCCGACUUAUUUAAAUCUGUCUUUCGAACAAAGCCAAAGCUACAUUGCUUUGGACACAUACAUGAAGAAUGGGGUGCUAGGCUGGUUACCUGGCGCGAGAACAACAACUCGGAGGCAUCACAUUUGACCGUCAUCGAAAACGAUCCUGACAAAUCUCCUGUGAUAACGAACUUGUCAAGAUUGGGCGGAUCAAAACAUGAUGAACCAGAAGUCAGAGAAGCGAAGCUGGAAAAACUGAAAACUUCGCAAAGGGAGGGAUGUUACUCAACCAGAUGCUUUGCGAAACCGGGAGCUCAAACUCUCUUUAUCAAUGCAUCUAUAAAGGGAGACGAGGAUCAUGACCAGUGCUUUCAUCUCCCUUGGCUAGUGGACAUCGACUUGCCAAAGCCCACUUGA